CACAGUAUUGGAAGCCGGAGCUGAAGGGAAUCUCGUUUUUCUUUAUCCAAAGUGUAAGGUUUUCGUUAUUUUCAUUUUAGAAGUUAUUGGAUGCGUUCUCUCUGAUUUUAUCUUCCACGUUCGAUGUAGAUACCCCUCACGUGUGUGCGGUUUUGAGUCGAUAGCGUUUGACAGUGGCUUUGACAGUUUGACAGUGGCUUUGCAGUGGCUUUUACCGUGAGCCAACUCAGCGUUUGAUUAGCCAUGGAGCCAACGUUACUAAUUAGCUAGCGAUUUAUUCUUACCAUUAUUAGUUAGCAUUGGGUAAACCAUUCGGAGGGUGGUUGACAAGCGGUAUCGCUAACUAACCGCAUACAUAUCGGCAUUUCUUCAAUUGUCUCGUAACCCAUAUCUUGUCAUCGAUAUUUUAAAAUCGAAUGUUACGUUAGCUAACGUUGAAGAGAAUUAGCUAGCUAAAAGGAGCAGGUGAGCUGACACCUUGUUUGACAGCUAAGUUAACGUUACUGUUACCGUUAGAUAAUAAGAAAAGGCUAACUUGGUUGCUGCGUAUUGUCAGUGUGAACUGUCCGUUUAGCUAGCUAACGUUAAACAUUUGGGAACUCAGCACUGCACUAGCAGCUGCUAGCUUACCCUACACUAAUGUUAGCCUGUCUGUGUACCAGCAGUAGCUAACGCGUUAGCAGCCUUCAACUCGAAAAAAAACCCAUCGAAGAAGCUUUCGUUGAGAGAAGACUCAUCUAAACGGGGUCGUGGCUGGUGGAACUAUCUUUAACAUGCUGCUUCACUGAUACGCACAGACGGAAGGAUCGACAGACAUACCCAGUCAGCGGGUACCACUCCCUUCUUCCCUGUGUCAGCUGUUUCUCCCACCGGCUACCUCCCCCCUGUACAGAACUUGCUAUGGAAUGCCCUCACUUAGCGGACCAGCACAGUCCUCUUUAGGACAUUUUCUUGGGAACCCACUCCAUAAGGAAUCAGCAUAGCUGAUCUGUCUCAGUAGUCUCUGGAUCCUCCUACCCUCCACCCUCCCCUGAUAAGAUGUCUGUGAGCCUGGCUGGGGAGGAUAUCCAGACGGAGGGUGAGAGUGGAAGUAGUGGAGUGCUCCAUGAUGACUCCAGCAUCAGAGGGAAGCUCUCCCCAUCCCCUGAGCCCUGCCAGUGGAAAGAGGGCACUGGGACUGGAGGCACUGGGGAGGGCAUGGAGGCAGAGGAGAGUGCCACACAGGACUCACAGAGAAGGGCUCAGAACCACGGCCAUGGGAGGAAAAGGGCCAGGUCCAAUGCCAAGCUGAAGCUGGUGAGGAGCCUGGCGGUGUGUGAGGAGUCAUCAGGUCCGUUCUGUACUGACGGACCUCCAGACCAGGACGUCAUCCAGCUGCACAUCAGCUGCCCAUCAGACAAGGAGGAGGAGAAGUCCUCUAAGGAUGAGUACGAGAACGAGGAGAAGAACAAGGACAAGACUCCACGCAAGAUGCUUUCACGAGACUCCAGCCAGGAGUACACAGACUCCACCGGCAUCGAUGUGCACGAGUUCCUGGUCAACACACUGAAAAACAACCCCAGGGAUCGAAUGAUGCUGCUGAAACUAGAACAAGAUAUCCUGGAGUUCAUUAACGAUGACGAUAACCAGUACAAGAAGUUCCCCCAGAUGACAUCGUACCACCGCAUGCUGCUGCACCGUGUAGCUGCCUACUUUGGCAUGGACCACAACGUAGACCAGACUGGCAAGGCCGUCAUCAUCAACAAGACUGGCAACACACGCAUCCCAGAUCAAAGGUUCUCCGAGCACAUCAAGGAUGAAAGGAAUUUGGACUUCCAGAAGAAGUUUAUCCUCAAGAGAGACGAUGUUAGUAUGGACAAGGAUGAUAAUCAGAUCCGUGUGCCACUGCAGGAUGGGCGGCGCAGCAAGUCAAUAGAAGAGAGGGAGGAAGAGUAUCAGAGGGUACGAGACCGGAUCUUCGCCAGAGAAUCCUCUCAAAAUGGAUACAUCAACGACAACAGACUUUCCACUGAAGGCUACUCCUCUAGCUCUCAAAAGAGGAGACAGAUCUUUAGGGGUAACCGUGAGAGCUCCAGCCGUGCUUCCAGCAGCCGCCAGAGCAGUACGGACAGUGAAAUGAAGUGCCUGGAGCCAAGGCCCUGGAGCAGUACAGACUCAGACAGCUCCAAUAGGACCCUGCGGCCCCCGGUCACAAAGGCAUCCAGCUUCUCUGGCAUCUCCAUUCUGACCAGAGGAGAUAGUCUGGGCAGCAACAAGAGCUCACAGGGUUCCUGCAGGGGCUCACGCACUGGUCUGCCCCUGGUGAGUCCAGAUGGUUGUCCUCAGCCCCCGGCCCCCCAGCCUGGCCCCUGCCCUGGGGGUCGCAGUCUGCUGCCCUGCCCCUCCCAACAGGUCCAGACCCAGCCUCCCCAGACCGCCCUGCUGCCCACCCCCCUGCAACACCCCUUGGGCAACCACAACCAUAAUCACAACCACAUGAUGGCUCAGCCAGCUCAGCCUGUGUCCUACUCCUCAUCCUCCUGUCCCCAGGUUCUGCUGCCUGUCUCUCCUCCCCAGCAGUACAUGGGUGAGGAACUGGCUCCCCAGUUCAGCCAGAUGACUCUGAGUAGACAGGGUUCCAGCGAGGCCCCGGAGCCCCCCACCAUGUACCAGACCCAGGGGCCCACUGUCCUCACCCAACACCCCCCACCCCAGACUGGCUACAUCAUGGCCACCACAAGCCAGCCCCUGGCCCCUCCGUCUGGCUACCAGCCUAACACUGGACACCCCCACCCCCCUCCUCUUCCACCACCUCCCUCCCAGACCGUCAUGCAGCCCCCUCCACCGCCACAGGGAUACAUGCAGCCACCUCCCCCGCAACAGAUUCAUGUGUCGUAUUACCCACCAGGGCAGUACCCCAACACGGGGCAGCAGUACCGGCCUGGACCCAUGUCUCACCAGGUGUCCUACCCUGCCCAUACCCAGCACUCCCAGCCGAUGCCCCAGCCCACACAGCAGUCAGGUCUCCAGACCAUGAUGCCCAGCCAGCAGCCCCAGUACCAGGGGAUGAUAGGAGUACCUCAGCAGCCCCAGAACCAGGCCCUCAUCACUUCCCAGAGGCAGGGCAUACAAGGACAGAUGACAGGGAUGAUGGUCCAAUACCCACAAAUGUCCUCAUAUCCGGUGCCGGUGGCCAAUGAGUCUCAGCAGGUGGUACAGCAGCAGUACCAGCAGCAGGUCAUGGUGCCAGUCAGCCAGUCUCUCCAGACUGUCCAGGGGGUACAGGGACCCAUGCCUGGCCAAGGGAUGCCCAUAUACUACAGCGUCAUCACCCCCACACAACAGAACAGCACAAGCCCAUCAGUGGGGUACCUGCAGCCCAACUCAGAGCAGUACCAGAUAAGCCAGUCUCCAUCCCCUUGCAACCCUCAGCAGAUGCAGCAGCAAUAUUCAGGAGUGCCACCCCCAGGCCCCGGGGUGAUGGUCAUGCAGCUUAGCGUCCCCAACGGACCGCAGCCUACCCAGAACCCUCCUCUGGUACAGUGGAACCCCUGCAAAUACUACAGCCUAGAGCAGAGGCCCAGCAAGCCUGGAGAACUCUACAAACCUGACAACACACAACAGGCCAGUACUCAGAUGAGCAGCCCCUGGCCUCCCCCUACCCAGUCCCCCACUCUCUCCCCCUCAGGCAGCGUGAGCAGCGUCUGUCCUGGCCUCGGCCCCCUGCCCCUACUGUCACAGUUCCCCCGGCCCGGACCAGGGCCUGCGCAAGGUGAUGGGCGCUACUCUCUUUUGGGCCAGCCUCUCCAGUAUAGCCUAUGUCCCCCUCUCAUGCACAGCCAGACCAACUACAGCUCGCAUCAGAGCCAAGUAGGAAUGAAGCAUGGUGCAAGAGGGAAGAGGCAGACACUGAAGUCUCAAUCUACAGACCUGGGCACCACUGACGUAGUGGUGAGUCGGGUGCUGGAGGUGACCGAUCUCCCGGAGGGCAUUAGUCGUCCAGAAGCUGAGAAGCUCUUCAACCAGCUUUCCAUGUGUGGUGCCAAAAUCCAGUGGCUCAAGGACCCAGUGGCAGGGGGCCGUGGAGGUUAUGGUGGCCCGGGAGUGCAUCACGGCCCUGGGCAUUGUCCUGGGGCUGGAGGGGGGAAGGGUGAUGGCCCCGGCAGUGACCCAGCUCACCUCUACACGGUGGUGGCUGUGUUCCCCUCCACCAUGGCUGCACAGAGUGCUUCUUUUAAACUCAACAACAGUGGGGUCAGCCUCUUCAAACUGAGGGCCGCCAAAAAGAACUAUGACCUGAGAGUGCUGGAGAGGGCCAGCUCCCAGUGAAAAGAGAGGGGGAUGAAGAAAAUUACUUUUGGAAAUGAGGAGUGGAAAGGAGUUGGACUGAGGGGACUGGACAGUUUUUGGACAAACGAGAAAAGAUGGAUAAGACGUCACACAUUAAAGGGAUGGGGUGAACACAGAACACAAAUGGAGAGGAUGGUGUUUGCAAAUGAUAAAAUCAUUGUUUUUGUUUUUGAUUGUUUUAUUUUAUAUUAUUGAUACCUGAAGAGCACAUAAGACACGUGAACAUGUGGAUCACUGUUGCCAUAAAUGGGUGCCAACACACACACACACACACACACACACACACACACACACACACACACACACACACACACACACACACACACACACACACACACACACACACUCGUACAGACUCUUAUGUACAGACAGGCAACAGGAUCACGUAGCACACACCUGAACACACUGGACAGUUCAACCUCAGUCCAUCCUUCCCCUGCUCUCCUCCAGCCUUCCUCCUUUGUCUAUCUAUACUUUCUCUUUCCUCCUCCUCGCUCUCCCUCCCAUCGCCCCGCUCUUAGGCGCACAUAUUUAUGCACAGUCACUCUUUCUAUUUUUUUCUAUUGCUCUCUCUUACCCUCUCGCCACUUGUCUCAUACUCUUUCAUGCUCUCUUCCUCUGCUUACCCCCACUCACUCCCCUCUCUCCUCUGGCUUUCUGUUUGCCUUAUACUACUGUUGUGGGUUUCUGUAUUGCGCUAUUUUUCUCAGAAGAGUAUUGUUCUUUUGCGGUUCGAUAUAUUUAUAUCAGUGAUGUAAGGAAUAAAUCUAUAUAUUCAGUGAUUUUUUUUCUUCAGUGGGUAAGUUUAGGAUCCCCUUUAUUAUACCCUCUCAACCUGUUCCUUUGGCCCCCUUUCCUCCUACCUCACGACUCCAACUUACCCCUUCCUACCCUUACCCCUCUUACCCCGUUCUAUCCUACCCCCACUACCAUAUCCUCCUCUACCCUUACUCUCCCAACCUACCCCAUUGUCCAAAUGUACCCUCUGCUCCCCCUACCCUGUUACUUCUUACCCAUUCUCCCCCACUCCCCAUAAUUACCCCUUUCCACCGCCCCACUAUCCCUAAUUACCCCAUAUACCCCUACCUUACGAUCCCAAUUUACCCCAUGUGUCCCCCACCCAAACUACCUCUUUCUCCCCUACCCCUCUUAACCCAAUAUACCCCACAACUUACCUCAUUCUCCUGUUGACCCUCUAACCCCCUCUCUCAUCCUCAUUGUGCUUGUGUUUUUCGUUGACAGCUGUGCAGAACGUAUCAGAUUAAAUAGUUAAAAGUGCACAAUGAUUGCAUAAUGUCUGCUGUAAAUUUUAUUUAAUGUUAUUUUUUUUGUUUGUUUUUAAAAAUAUAAAAGCAAAAAAAAAGUC